AGCAGCAGUGGUAGGACGCGUCCCGGUGUGAGGCGGUGCUGUCGGCGAGAGCUCAGAUGCCUUCACAGAGCUCAGCAGAGACUUCUGAACAUCUCACACACUGAAAUGACUCCUGGAUCCACCUGACUCGAGAAGAUUGCAUUAAACAGAUCUGAAGUCUAUCGGAUGCGCUCCUCUGGAAUGAGCCCUUGCUGACACCUUCCUCCUGGGCUCUGUCAUCGUUCCUGAGAACAGGAGUGGUUGUUGCAGUAAUCAUGACAGCAUUGCCGUUCCGGGUCGGACCGCUGUCCUUCGCUGGACUUGUCAUCUUCCUCCUCCUCUCUCUGCCUCUUGUCACGUCACAGACGCCAUCACUCCCAGCGACCUCUGACCCUGAGUCUGUGCCCUCUCUGCCUGAAGAGUGUCGGAGAAAAAUGCACCCCGUUACCUCCUACACAGCUUUGAGCCCGUGGCUGUCCUCUUUCUCUCUGCCUGGAGUGAAUGACUACUCACCGCUCGCACUCGACCUCACCAGGAACCAGCUGAUAGUGGGAGCCAGGAAUCAUCUCUUCCGGUUGAGUUUGAGCAACUUCUCUCUCCUGCAGGCCACAGAGUGGGGAGUAGACGAGAGCACCAGGAGGUCCUGCCAGAGCAAAGGAAAGACAGAGGAUGAGUGUCAGAACUAUGUCCGUGUCCUCCUGUUGAACGGCAGUCGUCUGUUCACCUGCGGCACUAAUGCUUUCAUGCCCAUGUGUACGACUCGCCCUGUUACGGACAUCUCCAGCGUCCUGGAGUCCAUCAGCGGUGUGGCCCGCUGUCCCUACGACCCUCGACACAACUCUACAGCCAUGAUAACUGAGAGUGGAGAAGUCUACGCAGCUACAGUGACUGAUUUCUCCAGCCGCGACCCGAUUAUUUACCGCAGUCUGGGGAACAUGCCGCCCCUGCGGACUGCACAGUACAACUCCAAAUGGCUCAACGAACCUCACUUUGUCUCUGCAUACGAGGUGGGCCGCUUCACGUACCUCUUUCUGAGAGAGAACGCAGUAGAACAGGACUGUGGGAAGACGGUCUACUCUCGUGUGGCCCGUGUGUGUCAGAAUGACAUUGGUGGUCGUUUCCUGCUGGAAGACACAUGGACCACCUUCAUGAAGGCUCGACUCAACUGUUCCCGCUCUGGAGAUGUUCCCUUCUACUACCAUGAGCUGCAGAGCACCUUCUACCUCCCUGAGCAAGAUCUCCUCUAUGGAGUCUUCACCACCAACGUGAACAGCAUUGCUGCGUCAGCGGUGUGUGCGUUUAACCUCAGUGCCAUCACGCAGGCCUUUAACGGACCCUUUCGCUAUCAGGAGAACCCUCGGACCAGCUGGCUUUCCACUCCCAACCCCAUCCCAGAUUUUCAGUGUGGGACAGUGAAUGAUUCAGGUCCUGGCGGUAAUCUAACAGAACGCAGUCUUCAGGACGCCCAGCGGCUCUUCCUCAUGAGCGAGGUGGUUCAACCCAUCUCUACGGAUCCUCUGGUCAUGCAAGACAACAUCCGUUUCUCCAGACUGGCUGUGGACAUUGUUCAAGGGAGAGACACGCUCUACCACGUCAUGUACAUCGGCACAGAGUACGGCACCAUCAUCAAGGCCUUAUCCACAACUAAUAAGAGUCUGCGCGGCUGUUACUUGGAGGAGAUGAACAUUCUCCCAGAAAACAUGCAGGAGCCAAUCCUGAACCUGCAGAUUCUGCACAGCGAUAGGUCGCUUUUCGUGGGACUCCCCAGCAGAGUGCUGAAGAUCCCCUUGGAAAGAUGCUCCAACUACAAAACCGAACAGGAUUGUCUGGGUGCCAGGGAUCCGUACUGCGGCUGGGACCGGAAACAGAAGAGCUGCACGACGAUUGAGGACAGUUCCAACAUGAGCCAGUGGAGCCAAGACAUCACAAAGUGCCCUGAGCGCAACCUCACCCAGGAAGGUGGAUUUGGCCUGUGGUCAUCAUGGCAGGCUUGUAACCAUGACGACGGAGAUGAUGGCACCAGCACAUGUCAGUGUCGCACUCGGGCCUGUGAUAACCCCCGACCCCAGUGUGGAGGGAUGAAGUGUGUCGGGGCCAACAUCCAGGUGGCCAACUGCUCCAGGAACGGAGGCUGGACUCCCUGGUCGUCCUGGGCCGAGUGCAGCACCAGCUGUGGCAUUGGGUUUGAGGUCCGUCAGCGAUCCUGCAACAACCCAGCACCCCGACACGGAGGACGCGUAUGUGUGGGUCAGGCACGAGAGGAGAGAUUGUGUAAUGAAAAGAAUCCAUGUCCUGUUCCGGUGUCCUGGGUCUCCUGGAGCGCUUGGUCCAAAUGUAGUGUUCCCUGCGGUGGUGGAAUCCAAUCCCGCAUUCGGACUUGCGAGAACGGAAACACGUGUCCUGGUUGCCCUCUGGAGUAUAAGGUGUGUAAUUUGGACGCAUGUGCCGAAGUGAGGCGGACCACCCCGUGGACACCCUGGUACCCUGUUAAUGUGACUCAGAUGGGGGCGAGACAGGAGCAGAGGGUCAGGUACACCUGCAGGGCUCUCCUCGCUGACCCUCACGACCUUCAGCUUGGCAAACGCAAGAUAGAGACUCGCCUCUGUCCCACCAGUGAUGGAGCUGCUGCCUGCGAAACUGACGGUCUAGUUGAGGACUUGUUGAGAAUGGGUCGACCUGUGACACGAGUACAAGGAGCCACCUGGUCGUCAUGGGAGACGUGGUCUGCGUGUUCCAAAGAGUGCUCCAAAGGCUUCCGCACACGCAAGCGCUCGUGCGCCACACCGGAUGGCAAGAGCACGCUGUUCGCCUGCAGCGGAGCGCCGGUCGAGUAUCAGGACUGCAACACUCAGCCGUGCCCAGUGAAGGGGGCGUGGUCAUGCUGGUCUUCCUGGUCUCAGUGUUCUACUUCCUGUGGUGGCGGUCACUACCAGCGCUCCCGUACCUGCUCUAACCCUUCUCCUGCUCAUUCUGGAGACAUCUGCAUCGGCCUGCACACGGAGGAAGCGCUCUGUAACACACACGAGUGUGAAGGUGGGUGGGGGGCAUGGUCAGAGUGGGCGAAGUGUAACGAGGAGGGGCUGCAGCUCCGGAUUCGUACAUGUGAAAUAAGCUCCGCCUCUUGCCAAGGAAACUCCACAGAUCAGAGACAGUGUGGACCCAAUGAGAGUGCAGUGCUGUCAAAGGGACAGAAGAGGAGCAUAAACUGUGGAGGGUUUUCUCUGUUCCAUUUGGUGCUGACUGGAGCGUGCUGUUUUCUGGGAGCCGUUUUGUUGUCCGUCCUGGUGUAUGUGUACUGUCAGAGACUCCGUAAACCCCCUCAAGAAUCCGCAGUUAUCCAUCCCAGCACCCCCAACCACCUUCACUAUAAAGAGAACAGCUGUGCGCCCAAGAACGACUUAUACACACCCAUGGAGUUCAAGACUCUGAAUAAGAAUAACCUGCUUCCACCGGAUGAAAGCUGCAACUUCUUCCCAUCAGCGUUACCGCAGACCAACGUCUACGCCACCACAUAUUACCCGUCUCCUUUGGGCAAAUACGACUUCCCUUCCAUGGAUUCACCUUGCAGCUACAUGCACAGCUGAUGCACGGACACACAUCUCAUGCUUUCUUAGGGCAGUGUGACCACAGUUACACACCCUCAUCCAUCCGUGCAGAUGCAUUGGAAAAUGCAUGGAUCCACAGGAAGGCUGAGUGCAUAAUCUGCAUCUCAAAUGGUGCAGGAAAAUUCAAAGGAGUGAUGUUCGGAUAAGAUGUAGUUUUCUUGUAGCAUUGUAGAACUGGAAGUCACGGGUUCAGCUGAUCACAUGCGUCGUAAUAACUACAGACUGACACUCACAAAGCAUGCACACUUCUUACAAUGCAAAGGAGCAAGAGGAAUUCUGGGAUCAAUUUUAAAACUGUAUUGUGAUGUACUACUUUAUGUGCUGGCGUCUUUGUGUUGUUCUCACUUUGAGUCGUAAAGCAUGAAGGCUUCCAGACAGCUGUGACGUCUCACAGUAAGCCUGAGCAUCUGUUUCACUAAUUUGUUCCUGGUUUACGUCUUUUUCUGCUCCAGAACCCCAAGAACUACAAGGACAUGAGCUCCAUGGAAUCAGGAUGACCGGUGAUGCGGCAAAAAACAAACAAUGGUUUUGCUUUGCCUUCAGUGGAAGAUGUUUUGAAGGAUGUUCAUGCUGCUCCUUCCCAUACAAUGAAGCAUUCAGGGCAUGUCAAGCUCACAAAUAUACAAAACCGUGCUAUAAAAGUAUCAAAAAAGUCAUCCCUAUGGCUUAUGCACCAUAUUCCAAGUCUGAAACAUGCAGUAGUUUUAAAUGAGAAACUGAAAUUUAAGUUACCUGCUUAAAAAUUCAAAUUCACAUAUUCAAACUUUUUUAUAUUUUGCACAUUCUGUCAAACGUCUUUUUCUCUGUUCAGUGGAGAUGAUGAAAUGGCAUGAGGAUGAGUAAAUAAAAUAUAAACAUUUUGGUCAAUCAUUUCAAACGAAUUGCUACUGAAACAUGGCAGUCUGAAACAGCUCUGUGCGAGUGUUAUUGAAUCUAAAGGGAUGUACGUUUGUAAGUAUGUGUAUAUUUGUAGCUGGCAUUAUAUAUUUAUACACAAAUGAUGAUUUUUCUUUUUCUUUUUUUGGAUGGAAUCAGGUAUAUUUUUCCUUGCUAUAACUCCACAGUGAACAUAUGACAGUGAGAGCAGCAACUGUUGUCUUCAGUACGCUACGAAUGCUCAGAUUUACACUUAUUUCUUGCUAUUACAGUUUUGUUUUGUUUUCUGUCUGGGAUUGUGUACAGUACAUGUUUAAUGAAAAUAUGUUUUAUGAAAUAUUUUAAGCUAAUUCUUUCCAUUGAGCCCAUAUGAACUUCAAUGCAGACGCAGAGUCUGGUGGGAUGUUGAAUAUGGCAUUAGAGCGGAAGCGGCCGCGGUCGUGUGUAUAGUGUGUAUCGUGAGCUGGACACUUGCUGAUGAUGCUUUUUUACGCUGAUGUUGCAUGGAUGCUGCAUUAUCUGAAUGCAGACGGUUCUCUAUGCAAGAAAAAAAAGAAAAUGGUUUUCCAACACAUGAUCACUGCCUUUAUACACUGUGACCUUUUGCUAUGUUUUUAUAUGUUGUACAUUGUAAAAAUAAAUACAUAUCCAGCUGGGUGUCAA